AUGCUGUUGUCACGUACUGCCUACCGCGCUGCCCUCCUUCACUUAACUGUCAACCCACUCCUCGCUCGUGCCGUUAUUCUCGGCACUUUGAAAGCCCCCUCACACGUCCCAGCCCCGAGCUCAAGGCUAUACAACGUCCUCUUCCCCCAGUGCUCGCCUCUCGCAAACACCUGUGAACAAAGUCGUCAGGCCCACACCAUGUCUUCACCCAACGAGCCCCCGAAGCAGGAUACCCAGCCUCAGUCAGAAGAAGUCUCCCCGCCAUCAGAGCAACUUUACCUUCCCUCCAGCGAAUCCGCCGAUCAAACACAUCGCCUCGACGUCAGUGCUGAAGGUGGCUCUACAGUCAGCCUUGGUCAUUUGGGACCGAUGGUUGUCAACGUAGAUGGAACACUCGCACAGAUUGGAAACUGGGACAAGAUGACGGAGAUCGAGCAGAAGAACACACUACGGAUCUUGGGCAAGCGGAAUAAACAGCGACUGGAUGCUCUGAAGGCUGCGGAAGCCGCGAAGGAACAGAAAUAA